GCGCGGCACCGCCAGACUCGCUCCGCUCCAGAUUCUAGACGCGCACGUUCUGCUACACAGGCGCAGCUUGACGUGCUUGCCCCUGCCCGCGCAGAUACGCGCGCGGAACGAAGAUGGCGGACGUCGACUCUUGGGAUGCCGACAACUUCGAGCCAGAUGAACCUGUUAAAAAAGCAUUGGGAGUAGACCGGUGGGAGGGUGAAGACGAAGAGGAAGACGUGAAGGACAAUUGGGAUGACGAGGAGGAGGAAGAAAAGAAAGCAGAAGAGUUAAAAAUGGAAGUCAAAGCUUCAGACAAAAAGAAAUUAACAGAGAAAAUCAAAGAGAAAGAGAGAGAACAAAAGAAAAAGCAAGAUGAAAUGAAAAAGCAGUUAGAGGAGUCAAAUAAAGAAGAAGAACUCACAACUGAAGAACAGUUAGCAGAGAAACUCAGAAUAAAGAUGCUUCAGGAAGAAGCAGACCUUGAGCUGGCAAAAGAAGCAUUUGGUGUAAAUAACGUAACAGGAAUUGAUGUCAUGAAUCCCACGUCCAAAGAGGAUUUCACAGAGUUUGAGAAGCUGUUGAAAGAAAAGAUUUCCCAGUUUGAAAAGUCAAUCCAUUAUUCAAGCUUUUUGGAGUCUUUGUUCCGGGACCUCUGUAUCUCACUUGAAAUUGACGAUUUAAAAAAGAUCAGCAACUGCUUGACAGUACUGCUAAGUGAAAAACAGAAGCAGGAAAAGCAAAAUAAAUCAAAGAAAAAGAAAAAGGGAGUUAUGCCAGGAGGUGGUCUGAAAGCUACACUGAAAGAUGACUUGGACGACUACAGCAACUACGAUGGAGGUUACGCACAAGACUAUGAAGACUUCAUGUGACAAAGGCCUGGGUUUUGCAAUCCCAUUCUCCCCAUUCUCUCCAGGGCCCCUUAAACAUGCAGCACCAGCUCCUCAAUUAUGUCCAGCGCCAUCUUUUACAGAUGUGGUAUCCUAGUGUGCGCUUGAUGUUUAAAGGUUAGAAUGGCUUAAAAUGUGUUUCUGAACACAUCACUCAAGCUGGAAUCACGUGAGCAGCCAUCACAGAGUAAAAGCGUCAGCCUGCAAUAAUUGGAAAAAAUGUUCUGCUUUAUCAGUGAGGCCUGAGUAGCAGGGUGAAAGAUUUUAUGUCAGAAAAUUCCCAAUUCUAAAUAAAACUAUUCAUCUAUGCAAAUAGAACUGGCCGUUUCCUUCUAUUAUGAGUACGUGCUGCACCUUUAUAAGCCUUCAGCUGCUACUCAGACUAACACGUCGUCCUCCUCCCCUGCCCUUUGCCAAGGCUGCUUGUUCAGAAGGAUGUUCACCUCUUGUGACCCACGGAUUUCUUUCCUUAUUUCUUUCUUUUGGAGUAGGUUGAGUUGUUUGCUGGUUGCUUUAUUGCAAAGGAUAACUUUUUUUUUUUUUUUUAAUGCAUACAAAAUGUUGCCUGUUUGGGGGAUAUUGUGUUUGUUACUAAUGCAGCCAUAUGGAUUUGCUGUCUACUACCUGAGUCAACCCCAUUUCAUUGGACUUGAUGUUAAAUUUGGUAGCAGAUGCUUAAAGAAAUCCAUUCCUGCACUGGGGCUACACGACUGCUGGCGCAAACAGUACGCUAAGUCAUCAGAGAAAUGCAUCUGUAUGGACUAUGGAUGAAAACGUGAUGGAUCUUCAGUGUUUUAUAGAGCAUCUAAUUUAAUAAAAAUGACAAUUGUAUAAAGAA